AUUUUUGUAGGUCACAUGUGCAUUUGCCGCUUUACUUGAGAGCCGCUCAUAGAAUGGUUUACUUGCCUAUGAAAGUAUAGCCUACGCAUACUUAUAUCGAUUAAGAAUUGAUGGAUAUUUCGCAAGGACACGGUGGAGAUGUUGUCAAUAUCGCAAAUUACUUGCUAAAUGAUUUAAAGAAUAGCUAUCAGAUCUGGGAAGAGCUAAUUUCAAAAUGUACCAAAUUCCAUUCAGCUUUAAAAGUUGCGACUCAGGCGUCAUCUGCAUUUUUGGAUACAUUUCAAAAAGUGGCGGAUCUGGCUACAAAGACGCUUGGAGGCAGCAAAGAAAUCGGUGCGUGUCUGACCCGUUAUUGUAUGCGUCAAAAAAGCCUAGAAUCCAAAGUAAAAUCCAUGGGAAAUCAUCUGGUCACUAGUCUUGCCAACCCUCUCAAUUCGAAAGUAGAUGAGUGGAAACGUAAUCUGUGUCAGUUAGAAAAAGACCGAACUCGUCAAACUAAAAGAGUGCGUGCGGAAUUGAAGAAAGCCCUUUCUGAAGCACAAAAGUGGGAGAAGAAGGCCGCUAAAGUUGGUGUUACUGGUGGUAGUAGUGUGGGACCCGGUGUAGGCCAUGGUAUUAUACCUCCUGCAAAAUACAUAUGCUCCAAUUCUGAAUCAAAUGCAAUUAGUUUACAAACUGCUAAGGCUGCACGUGAAGUCGGAAUCAAGAAGGAAUUAGUCGAAAAUACAGAGAAAUCUGCGAUGCGUUUAUUGUUACUUGAGGAACGAAGCCGGUUUUGUUUUUUCGUCUCUUGCCUUCUUCCAAUUCUUGAGUGUCAGUCAAGCAUGUUACAUGAAAUAGCCACUAUGGAUGAACUUAUUAAGACCCUAACAAAAGAAACUGAGUUUCCAGAUCAGUUGGUUGAGGACGUAGAGUCUAUUGUACUGAGGAUGGGACGACGUGAUUUUUCUGCUUCUUCUCGAGGUAGCAGUAAAAUCAUGUCAGUUUUCGUACCAGAUAGUGGAGAUAAGAUGAACAAUAUAAAUGAAGUUUUAGGAGGUUUGCUCAUGACUAACGGUAAUCGAAGCUAUGUCAAUUCAAGCGAUACGGAGUCUGGUCGUCAUGGUGCCGACAUGAUGUCACCAUAUCAAAUUUGUCGUGACUUAGAAACGGUCGGCCGAUGCAAUUCUGUAUGUGACAGUGCUGAUAUUUCUCUAUGUGGAGCCAGUUCACAUAGUGGCAGUGGGGGAAGUAAUUGUCCAUCCCUUUUGUCCCCCGCACGUGGUAAUGUCGCUCAUUUGGGUAGUCGUGAAUCAAGUCUUAUUUCCGUGGAUAGUGCAGCCUCAGGAAGUGGCAAUGCAAAUUCUACAUAUUCUAUUGGAACUUCAAAUACAAACAUACCACAUUCUGAUCCUGGCGAAUCGCAAUUUAAAACUUUAUGUCGACCAGGUCACUAUCGAGCUGCAAGUAAUGGAGAUAAUGAUUUUCCAAAAAAUUAUUUGAAAAAUGGUUUUCAUCAUGAUAAAAUCGAUUCUUAUAUGGUAGCUAAAUCUAUGAUUGCUUUCAGUGCACAAUCUCAAUUAAAUGAUAGUAAUAAUAAUGAUAGUAAUAUCACUACGAAUGGUCAAGACUAUGCACUAAAAAGAGAUGAUGAUAAUAAAGUCGAAAAUAUAAAAAGGACUGACAAUGAAAGUAAACUGGAAAUGAGCACUGAUGAUGAUGAUGACGAUGAUGAGAAUCAUGAUGAUAGUAACGAUGAUGAUGUUGGUGAUGGUGGUGAGUAUGUUGAAGUAGGCAGUGAUUCUGGCAAUGCUCUUGCGUAUUUAUCAAAUAAUCCUACAUCUCCCUCCUUAUCUAAUUCUGCUAAUGAACAUUUUCUAUUGGAAAACUAUCCAUCGAAUACUACUACUACCACUACUACUACUGCUGGUACUACUGGUAAUCCUCCAAUUCCAAAUAGUGGUCGUCAUACAAUAAGUUCUGCUUAUGAACGCGGAGGUCAUGCUCCUGCGCGGGCUUCUAUAACUGCUCUGUCUUUCAAUCCACCCGUUGGCAAAGCUUCUUCCAAAGAUAGUGGUGUUGAUUCGUCCACUGUACUCUACCCGAAACAAGCUGUACCACCUCCAGUCUAUACAAAUCUCAUUCAAUUGGCUCAUGCAGCACAACGUAAAUUUUCCAUGUCACAAUUACCAAUUGUUCAUUCAUAUGAAAAUAUAGAUAGUACAUUAGAUAGACUUCGUUAUGCUAAAACUGAUAUGACCAAUUGUCAACAACAAUUUGUUCAUCAUCAAUCAUCAAGUCGUAAUUCAAUUUCUACAAAUCCACAACAAUAUCAUUAUACAACAAAUGCUUCACCGAAUACUACUAAUAUUAGUAAUACGAAUAAUUGUAAUUGGUCUGCUUCAGAUAGUUUAAAUAAACUUGAUUUAAGUGAUUCAGCUGUCAGUCAAAGUUAUCAUGAUGAAGAAAGAAAGUAUGCUAAUCCUUCAACAGUAAUAAAACCUCAAGUUGACAAAUUAGCUAAUAGUACAAGUUUAUCUAAUUCAUGUCACAGUUCAAAAAAUUGUCUGGAUACUGUUUCAAUGUCUGAUGCCACUUCUACUGCUAAUUUUACUUCAGUUGUUGCUGGUAAUAAUGAGUUACAUUCAUAUCAAAGAAGUGGAACAGAUCCAUUCAGUAUGGAAAUGGAUGAACUUGAUCAAGUUAUGCCAGUUAAUAACAGUAAUACUAUGACGCUAAAUAGAAUGUUUUUAAAAUGUUUACAUAAUCAACCAACUGGCACAUUACCUAGUCAUCAAAGAUCCUUAUCAACCCGAAAACAUGUUUCAUCAGUUAACAGUUGUUUCUGUGUUACUAAUGCUGCUGAGUUACCAAGAUGUAAUGAACAGAAUUCUUUCGCCAGUUGUUAUCACCAUAACAAUGAAAGUAUUUCUGAAUCCGUUGUAAGUGUAAACUGUGAACAAGAUUUCUUUACACCACAGUUGUAUGUUCAGAAAAAAUUAGUCGGUGAAGAAAAUCGCAACAAACACUCACCUUGUCUUAGUCCUUCCGAAUCUAAUGUGGAAAAAAUACUUGGGAAUGGGAUUGAUCAUGAUGAUCAUCCACCUCCUAACCAUAGUUUGUUUGUACAACAAACUUCAUGUAGCCCAAUCAAUUCUUCAGUUUCUCCUUCUGCUGACAAUAGAUCACCACCUCCAAUUCAGCCAAAACCUGUUCAUUUAAAGCAUCAUCAAGCAAUAAGUCAAUAUCAUAUCAAUCGAAAAACAGCACCUCGAAUGUCACGUCCAUGUCCACCGCCUCGAACUUGUAGUACAUUAAGUUCUCUUGGUUGUUUAGCAAUGACAUCUGGUGUUAGUAUGCCAUGUGAUUUGAAUAUGCCCGAUCCAUCACCAUCAUCAUCGUUACGUUGUAAAAUUUCCCAUUAUAUGAAUGAUGAUUUUUAUGAAGGAUCUAGUCGUGGUUCAUCACUUACAAUGGCUAGUUCAACAACAAAUGAUUCAUUGCCUAGUUCAAAUGGUAGUCCAGCGUUGACAAGUUAUAACGCGAAUCAAAAUAGUACACAAAGAUCAUUUUCAUCAAAUCCGAAUCCAAUGACCAGCAAUGAACAACAAAUAUUAGAGAACAAACUACACUAUGCAACUCCUGUAAUCAAAAACCAGUCUCAAUGCUCUACUACUCCAGGUCAAGUGUUCAAUCUGUUAAGACAGUCCACAUUGGCUAGUAAUCAAGUUUGCAUAAAUAAUCAUCAAACUAACACCGAUCUACAAACCAUCCCUGGGACAACGGGUGUUCCAAACGGAAAUGCUCCAACUCCUCCCCCUCCACCGCCUCCACCUCCUCCUCUACCUAUGUUUUUACCAGUAUCGCCAAAUAAUCUGUCAACACCUCAUCCAUCACUAGAAGAAACAACUUGUCCAAAAUAUUCCGAUUACAAUGAAACUUUGGCAACUGAUUUGGUCUCUGUAGAAACUGCUAAUCUUAUGUCUGAAUUAUCUUCACAAUUGCAACAACUUGCUGCACGAUCGAAUGAUGUAAACUUUUCACAAUCAACAUUUAAAACAAGAGAUAUAUUUCACAAGGAAUCCAUAAAACACGAUGAUUUCGAUUUACCGCCACCACCGCCACCUUCUAUGUUUACAGAACAAUACUGCAGUGAUGUAGUGAAAUUAGAAUGUUCUCCGAUUCAGACUACGAAUAUUAGUUGUACUUCCACUACUAGCAUUAUUGCUAAUGAUAAUAAUAAUAAUAAUACUGAUGAAGUGAUUGAUGAUGAUUCCAACAAAAAUUUAUCACCAUUUUUAUUGGCGUUAAAACAAAGUGUGAAACAACGAGCUGACCGUAUAGCUGCUGAAAACUCAACAAAUAAUUGAACAUGAAAUGACGCUAAACUCUUUGAUGAUGACCAUCCUAAUGCACUAACAUUUUUUGUUAUACAUAUUAGGAACUAAUCUUUCAAAGGUAGUGGCGACAUUCACUUGUAGGAAUCUAUGUAUAAAAGUGAUAAUGUUGAACUACACACAUUCUCACUUGCUUUCUAAUAAAAUCUGUCGAUAACAUUCGAUAUUCAUCCUUUCCUCAUUGCUUUCAUCAUUAUUAUUAUUCCCAUCAUAAUCAUCAGUACAUGUAUUUAUUUUUAUUGACACAUUGAAGUAAUAUGCAGCCACGGUAAGAAGCAAACGUCUCAUAUGCUUACUACUUUUUUCUUAUCAUUGUUGUUGUUAAUGUUAGUUUUGAUCUUUACCACCCUCCACCGUUUCCAUUUUUGCCUAACUCAUCUUUUCUACUAUUUGUGUAAAUAUAAAUGUUAAGUUAUUAUUUUGUAUGACAUUAUCACAUUACUAACUCUGAUAAGUAAUGUUUUUUGGACAUUUCACAUACACCUGGUAGCUAUACCCAGUAUUAUAAACUGAUAUCAGGCCAGUACUUGUAUCUCUGACCGUUACUAGUUACAUAACGUCGCUUCUGUGUGUUUGUCUUUACGAACUCUUUCCUCUUACCAGUGAUAUGAAGGAAGUGUUUUUCAGAAAAGUAAACCGGUCAUUAUCAAAUACUUCUUACCGAUUAACUAUUUGACUAACUGUCUCGUUUAACAAUUAAUCUAGCAAUCUGUUCAAUUUAAAAUCUCGUCAGACAGAUUUCUGGACACAAAUAGGCACAUUCACACAUAUACACAUUCAUGUACAUUUUGAAAUUCAUCUCUUAUUAUCUAUUGUUAAUAAUCCGUUGGAAUUUUCCUAUGUUUAUGCACAUGUCCUUUUUCGAUUAUUUUGUUUUCACUUGAAACAUCAGUAAAAUGUAUGUUGGUGACCGACGGCGUAGGGAAUCCUGUACGCCCUUUCUUUGAACAAAAGAAAUCAACCGGAAACAAGUGUUUCCAAAAAUAUUUAGAUUCUUAUUUCUACUACUACUAAUUUUAACGUUAGGAUUAUUAUUACUAUUAUCAUACUUUGGAGUGUUGAGAAUUCUGUGUAUAAUGUAUGUGCUGUUAGAAAUGUGCUCUGGUAUCAUUGUUAUAUUGUUCCGUUGUCUUCAUUUGUGUCACUGAAUGUGAUUAAGACAUAUACAUAUAUGGUUUACUAUCACACCAUGUUCUACCCCUACGUCUGUCUUGCUGUCGAACUAUGUGGUGUAUAUCUGUGGUUGCUUCUAUACCCGAUUCUAUACUAGUUUCUUCUUAGGUAUACUGAUAAAUUAUAUUAUAUCAAGUUUAGAAAAAUUUGUUAUUGUUGUUUUCUCUAUUUCUAUCUUCUGAAAAUUAUGUAUUACAUCGUAUCAUUUUCUUGUUUAUCGCUUUGUGAGAUUACAUUUUUCAUUUUUACAAGAAAAUCGUAUUUGUUAAUUGUAGAUGGGAAAAGAAAGAAGGAUGGAAAGUUUCAGGUGAAAAAUAAGGCUCUCACAUACAUUCUCUUCAUUAAUGACUCACUGUACUCUAAUUACAUGUUAUAUGCAGAUAUAUUUAUACACAUUACUUGAUAAUAUGUCUUUUUUAUACAAAAUGUCUUAAUGUCCACAAAUUGCAUUUUAUUUAUUUGACUUUACUAUACAUAUAUAUAGAAAAACAAGGAAAUAUUGUGUAAAUUGUUGGAGGUUGUUUUCUUUCCUUUGAAAUUCCCUGUCUGCAUGUCUAUUUUUGUUGGGUUUUUAUUAUGGAAUAACAUAAUAACACAAGGGCUAAUCAAUCACUCGUACUAAAGGUAAAAUUUGGUAACGUAAUUUAAGCGUUUUAAUUAUAACGGACAAGUGAUGGUGAAUUUUGUAUCACUUCAACUUAAAUUCUCUUCAGUUGAUAGGCUAGAUAUUAAUACUAUGAUUAUAUUUCUACUGCAUUUGUCAGUAGCAAUGUAUUAACGUACCCAAGUUAUGUAUAUAUUUCACACCUGGUUCGGUUUGGGCACCCGGGCAGUAUCACAGCCCUCACACAUAUCAAAUGAGAUCUGUGUGGCGCAUAUGUAUUUGGUGGCUCCUUGUACCAAUAUCUAUGUGUU